UUUAGUACUUGACCAAUGUAAAGCGCCACUCACCGUCGACGGAGAAUUCGCCUGCUGUGUAGAGUACACCCAGACUAGACGAAAAGGCGUCAAAAAGUUUGCGAAUUCUCGUGUGUCCGGCUGAUAGUGGGUGCCGUAUUGUUGCGUUACCGCGGAUUGUCGCGUCUCGCGCGUGUGUGCGUACGUGCGUGACACGUACGAGGCGUGUACUUUUCCGGGGUGCGGUGCGUUUGCACAAUAAAAAAUUGUGAUCCUCGGAUCUUAAUAUGCUCGAAGGAUCGGCCAAGUUCAGGAAAAAGAGGUGCUCCGCCUGAAGAGAGUGCUUGGAGCUGCGCGCAUGCUUCUGUGCCUGCUCCUUCGCCAUUUUGGAGAUAGAAUGUUAAAUUUUGGAAUGGACUGACAGAGGAUUAAGUAACAUUAUAAAAUUUAGGAUAGAAGAUUGAAAGACAAGGAGACGUUUAAUAGUGUCUGAAAUAGGCCUUGGCUAUUUAAUUAUUAAUAUUUUACUAUGCCAGCUGUUCCAAGGCCUGGUAGCCUUAAGGACCCAGAGAUUGCUGAAUUAUUUGAAAAAAAUGAUCCGGAGAAAAUAUUUGAAGACUUGCGUGAAAUCGGACAUGGCAGUUUUGGGGCUGUUUAUUAUGCACGAUGUUUGGUUACCAAAGAAAUUGUUGCUAUCAAAAAAAUGUCAUACGUGGGAAAGCAAACUGUUGAAAAGUGGCAGGAUAUCUUGAAAGAAAUUCGAUUUCUUAGGCAACUUAACCAUCCUAAUACAAUAGAAUAUAAGGGCUGUUAUCUCAGGGACCACACUGCCUGGUUGGUAAUGGAAUAUUGCCUUGGUUCAGCGUCAGACAUUAUUGAAGUUCAUAAGAGACCAUUAAAAGAAGAUGAAAUAGCUGCAAUUUGUGAAGGUGUGCUACGUGGUUUGCAUUAUCUUCAUUCUCUUGGAAGAAUCCAUCGCGAUGUCAAAGCUGGAAAUAUUUUACUUACUGAAAAUGGUACAGUAAAAUUGGCAGAUUUUGGAUCAGCAAGCAUAAAGUGUCCAGCAAAUAGCUUUGUAGGAACUCCUUACUGGAUGGCACCAGAAGUGAUAUUAGCUAUGGAUGAAGGACAAUAUGAUGGAAAAGUGGAUGUAUGGUCUUUGGGAAUAACAUGUAUUGAACUAGCGGAGCGGAAACCACCUUAUUUUAAUAUGAAUGCUAUGAGUGCUCUAUAUCAUAUUGCUCAGAAUGACACACCAACUUUAAAUUCUCCAGACUGGUCAGAUGUUUUUCGUCACUUCGUUGAAGUGUGUCUAACUAAAAGUCCAAUUGAAAGGCCAGCCUCUGGUAAACUGUUAUCACAUCAAUUUGUGACCAGAACACGUUCUCCGCAAGUUUUAAUAGACUUAAUUCAGAGAACAAAAGCUGCUGUUAGGGAAUUGGAUAAUUUAAAUUAUCGGAAAAUGAAGAAGAUCUUAAUGAUCGAUGCUUGUGAGACUGAAAGUACAGUUGGUGAUGCUGAUGACACCCCUGAUGAACAAACAGGUGGUGAUAGUAGCAAGAGUAAUUCAAUUACCUCAGAGCAUUCAAUUCAUUCAAUGGGUGUUUCUGCAAGCUCUCAAAGUUCCUCCACUAAUAGCCUGCCACUGCCAAAUGCUGAUGCAAACGAUUAUUCCACGGGAUCUGUACGAAAUAGACAUAAAAUAUCAGCAGGCGGUGUCACUGCCAAUCUUCUUGAACAUGGUGCCAACAAUUUUGCAACAAUUAGGACAACAUCAAUUGUAACUAAACAACAAAAAGAACAUAUGCAAGAAGAAAUGCACGAACAAAUGAGUGGAUAUAAACGAAUGAGACGAGAACAUCAAGGUGCUUUGGUAAAGUUAGAAGAACGUUGUAAAAUGGAAAUGGAAUCCCAUAAACAAUUACUAGAUAAAGAAUAUGAAACUCUUUUGCAACAGUUUAGUAAAGAAUUGGAAAAACUUCAAUUGAGGCAUUUGCAAGAAUUAGAACGUAAACUUAAGCAAAACCAAAAUGCUGAGAAAAAACUUCACAAAGAAAUUACAAGCAGACAGGAAGCAGAUCGCAAAGCACUGGAAGCACAACAAAAGAAAGAUUACAAAGUUUACAAAGAAAGAUGGAAAAAGGAGUUAUCUCAAGAUGAAGUUACACCGAAGCGACAACGAGAUGCUACUCUUCAGAGUCACAAAGACAAUUUACGACAAAUGGAAGCGCAAGAAGAGCAACGGCUUGCAAGAGGGCAAAGAGAGUAUCUUGAUCUCGAAAUUCGUAAAUUCCGUAGAAAAAAGUUACUUGUUUUCCAUAGUUUGGAGCAAGAACUACUUCGAGAAGUUAGUAUGGAAUUAAAUAAGAGACAACAACAGUUAGAACAAGCACAUAAUAUGUUAUUACGACAUCAUGAAAAAACACAAGAACUUGAAUAUAGGCAACAAAGAGCUGUUCAUACUCUUAGAGAAGAUCAAGUUCAUCGACAACAUGCUACAGAACUUUCUAAUCAGCAAGAUUAUAUGCAAAGAGCUGAACGUGAUUUACGUAAAAAACACGCAUUGGAACUCAAACAACAGCCUAAGAGUCUUAAACAAAAAGAAAUGCAAAUUCGAAAACAAUUUAGAGAAACAUGUAAAAUACAAACACGACAAUACAAGGCAUUAAAAGCUCAAAUAUUACAAACAACAGCUAAAGAAGAACAAAAAGCUGUUAUCAAAAAAUUAAAAGAAGAACAAAGAAGGAAGUUAGCAUUAUUGGGUGAUCAGUAUGAACAAAGUAUUGCUGAAAUGCUCCAGAAACAAAGUAUACGUUUAGAUGAAUCACAAGAAGUUGAAUGCCAUAAUCUUAAGGAAAGAUUAAAUUAUGAAUUGGAAAUUUUAAUGGCGUAUCAAUCUAAGAAUAAAAUGCAAGCUGAAGCGCAAAGAAAUAGAGAACGUCGUGAAUUAGAAGAUCGAGUAUCAGUUAGACGAGCUUUGCUUGAACAAAAAAUGGAACUUGAAACUCAGGAAUUUCUUCGUGAACGUAGUGAGCGAAUACGUUUAUUACAUGAAAGACAGGAACGUGAAUUACAGCAAUUUGACGAGGAAAGUGCAAGAAUAGGAUUCAGGUAUGUAAUCUAUAAUUUAACUUUUAUUUGAUUAAAUUUCAUAAAUGUUAACAGAAUAGAAAAAUGUUUUAAUUGUUCAUUUCUAUAUUUCUGUUUUUAAGUAAUUAAAUUUAUAUUAAGCUAAUCACCCAUUGCCAUUUUAUAAAAUAGAGAAAUAGAUUUAAGAACUUUAAAAAGAAAUAUUGUAGAUGUGCCUAUAUACAUUUUUUUCAAAUUAUUGCAGUGCUCUGGCGAUAGCUGAGGCAUCAAAAGAAUCUUAUCCAGACGAUGAAAGCCUUAGUGGCUCAAUGUUAAGUCUGGCUCACAGUAAUAGUUCUACAUCCUUCCCCCCUAAUAGUCUUUAAUUUUAAUCAUAAUCAAUUAAUAGAAUAUGUAUGUAUGUACGUUUGCCUGUAGUGAAUGCAUAACGAGCCUACCGAUGUUUAAUUCAAUGAUUUACAUACAUAGCAAAAGUUGGCUCGUUAUAUGCAUCGACCCAAACCUAAGAGGUUUGUUAGGGUUGGGAAUGUGUAUUGGACUGAAAUUAAUGUAACAGCAUAUUUUUUAAUUAUCAAAAUAUGUCAAUGUGAUCUAUCUGGAAAGAGAGCUUCAUAUUGAAGAAGAACUUAGAUGCUUUUUGCAACGUUGUAAUAUUUAUUAACCAUAUCCAAAUAUCUUGUGAACUAAAUAGGAUUAAAAAAAAGAAAAAUCUUUUAAGUAUCAGUCUCAUCUACUAUACUGAAAAAUAAAUCUUAAUGUUCUUGGGCUUAAAAUAAGCCAGCUAUUAUAGCAUACAGAAAAUUUUAUAUGCGACUACAGAAAAUGUUUAGAGACAUUUAUUUAUCAAUAUCUCGCAAUUAUAAUAAAAACAGAAAAAAACAGUAUAAUCAUAAUGCUCGAAUUAUUAUAUAUUUGAUUUUGACUGAUUGAAGAUUUGAAAUAAGAACAACACAGGAAUAAUAUUUUCGGUAAGAUUUUAACUUAUCGGAGUCUAGUAUUAAAUAAUCUUACUGAUAAUUGUAUGUGUUGACUUUUGAAAACCUUAUUUCAAGCUUUCAAUGACACUUAGUCUGAUUUAAUAAAAACUGAGUGAGUCGAUUUAUUUAUUUAAUUGCAUUUUUAGUGCAAUUAAGAUAUUUACAAAGUGACAAACUAAUGAAAAAAUUUAGUUACAGUAUCUUAUGUUGUAAUUAUAAUAAUGCAUUCAUAAUAGAUAAUAUUUGUUAUUUCAAUGAAAAAUUAAUUUCUAAAAUUAAAAGACAUUUUUUUACUGUUUUAUACAAUUUGUUUUACAUUACUAAGGAAUGUCAAUAUCAAAAAUUAAAUUGAUAAUAAAAUUAUUGUUGAAUUACCAAAAUAUGAUGGUGUCCACUUCAAAUUCCUUUCAACAUUGAAAUAUAUUUUUUUGACUUUAAUUUGAUAUUAUUGCAUAUAGAAUCUUGAUGCAAAUUUUUGUCAAGUGUUUACAUAAUUACAUUGGUUUCUUUUAUUAAAUACAUAAUGUAUAUUUUUUUAAAACAUCAUAUUAUUAUAUAUUUAACAUAAAAAAUAAGGAAUUUUAUACAUUGAAGAAUAUCUAAAUUAUUUAUUUAAAUAAUAAUGUUUGCAUUUUUUAAAGAAAAGACAAUGUGUUAAAUAAAUGUCAUAUUUAAAAAUUUUAUAAGUGUUUUAACUAUAUGUUUUGAAAAUUUAAUACUAUUGUAUUAUUUUAAUCUUAUAAUUAUAUUUUCAAAUUAUUAAUGAUUAACAUGAAUUUAAUAUUGUGUAAUCCUAUAAUGUAGUGAGAUUAGUUCACAAAUUUUGAAUUAUAAAAAGACAAAAAUAAUUAAAUAUUUAUUUUCUAUUUUCAAAAUUUGUUUCUAGAAAAAGAAAAAAAGAAAUGGAAAAUAAUUUAAGUGAUGUUUUUUAAAUACUCAUGUAUACAUAUAGUGCUAUAAAUGUAUACAAAUAACAUGUUAGAAAUAAAUAUUCUUCUCAUAGUAACAAAUUUUUUAUUAUAUUCAGGAAAAAUAGAACAUGUCAGGUUUCUUUGAUUAUAUAAGUUUCUGAUAUUUCAAUAGAUCAAAUAAAAUAUGUGAUGUAAACAAUAUUAUUUUAUAAAUAUUUCUUAGCAUAUAAUUCAAUUUAAUUUAUGCAUUUUUACAAAAUAAUACCAAUGAAAUUAUCAUUAAUAUAUUAUUAUUAUAAAUGAUAUAUUAACAGUAAUAUGAAAAUGAUAUUUAUUGUUACAAUAACGACUCAUUUGAUUUUUCUUGGUCAGAAAUUUAUUAAAUUAUAUAUAUUUUUUUUUGCCAAAAUGAAUUUUCAAAUAUUAUUUUAGCUUAUAUGUUGCUUUUGGCAUUACAAAUUUUUUAUAUUAAUUCUUCAGUUUGCAAUAAAAGCACUUCUUUCAUUGGUGAUUACAAUAGUAUAUAGUAAUAGUAUUAUUGUUGCUUCUAUUAUCAACAUUUCAGUUGUAUUAUAUUAUAUUUUAUUGUAAUUGUCUAAAUUGUCUAAUUUUCAUCCAGUACACAUUCCAACAUUGUACUUUAUAUUGUACCAUCUAAUUUGUUUCUUUUUUUCGUUUAAUACAUUUCCAUGUGUUUUUUUUGUUUUAUAUAUAUGCAUAUAUAUAUAUAUAUGCAUAUAUAUAUAUGCAUAUAUAUAUAUAUAUAUAUCUUCAUUUUCGCAAAAUAUUAACUCCAAAUUCAGAUGAUUGUGACUAUUCUAUUUAAUGAUAUUUAAUUGAUUAUAAUACUAUUAAUAAUAUCUUCCCUAUAAUGUAAGUAAUGAAAAUAAUAUUAUUUUCAUUAAAUGUUUUCAUUAAUAAUUGUUUUAAAAAAAUUUAUAUAACAUAUAACAUGUAGAGUUACAUAUUCAAUAUUUCAAUACAAUAAAAAACUUACAUAAAUAUAUCAAUUUAUAUAUUGCUAUUUUUAUAAUAAAAUGUUUCUUCUAAGUAAAAAUAAUUCUGAAUUAAUAAAAAAUUUUAAUUCUAAAAUAAUUUAAUUUAUAUUGUUAAUAAUUUAAAUUAUAUUAUUUUCUAAAAAUUGUUUUGCAAAAUUAAAGGAUCCUUAAUGUAAAGGAUAAACAAUAUUUGUUUAAUAUAUUUUAUCAAUACUAAAAAUAUUAUUUAUUAAUAACAACUAUUUUAAAAAGUAAAACUUCCACGAUACAUAAAUAGAAUAUAUUAUAAAAAUUAAGAAUGUGUUCAGUUACAGUAAUAAAAAUGAUCAAAAUAAAUAUAAGAAAAACAUUUAUAUAUUUAUGUGUUCAAAAUAUUUAAAAUGAAAAUGGUCACAAUCAACUGGAUCAUUUUUUUGUAAUAAUACAAUAUGUAAAUAUAUACACACGUUUACCGUAGAAAAAAUAUAGCAUUAAUUGCAAGAAAUGUAGCAUUACAUACUUGUAUCUCGUAUAAAUUUUUCUUUUGACUACUCUUAGGAAAAUACAUAAAUACAGUAGAGUCUUAAUGAACUGCUAUAAUUGGUAAUAAAUAGUUUAGACCAAUAGAGAUAUCCGUGUUAUAUUUUAUGUUGUGAUGAAUAAAUAAAAUAAGUCAUAAUAUGUUAGGCAAGUCCAUAGGCAAUCCAUAUAUAUUUUCAUAAAAUUAUUAUUAUAGAUUAUACUUACCAAUAAGAAAUAUUUUUACAUUGUAGUUUAUGUCAUAAAUACAUUUUAUUUAAGAUAAAUUACUUUAAUAUUGAUUUGAUAAUUAUACUAGAUUUAUUUUUAGAAUAACUUUUAUAUUUUAUGUAGUUAAAAGAAAUUCGAAUUAUAAUUUUAACAUAAAAGUUAUAUUGUAUGUAAAGAAUUGAUAUUUGAAUUUUUAUAGGAAUACAAUUUAUUAAAAAUAAUUCAUGAAAAAUAGAGAAUUUAAACUACAUAUUUAUAUAUGGAUUUAUAACAAUUGUACCAAAUUAAGGGAGUGAACAAGAAGGAAGUGAUUUUAUGCAUCAUUGAACUUAAAGUAAAAAUUUAUAUAUUUUAAAUUAUCCAUGACUUGUAAUAAUAUACACGAGAACAAAAACUUUUAGUUAAUGAUAAUUUAAAAAUUGUAUUACAUAUUAGAAGCUAAAGUACCAAUAAAAGUUUAUUCUUUGAUGAUUUCAAAUUUUAUAGUUUGUCCAAAAGUCGAAAGUGUAUAUAACUAUGGAUUGCAUAAAAGGACUAAUAUAUUUUAAAAUAAAAUUAAAUGUUAUAAAAUUGUAAAUAAAGAAUUUUUUGUAUUUUAUUUAAAACUAAUAUUAUAUGAAAUUUUGAAAAAUAUAUAUAUAGAUCAUACUAACUAAAAUUUUAUAUAAAAUAAGCAAAUAAUAUCAUAUACUUUAAUUAUUAUAAAAAUUUUAAUUAUUAAUAUUAACGUUAUUAUUUCCUAAUUAUUUUGUUGUAAAUGUCACACGGAUUCUCUAUAAGCCUGAUUGUAUGUAUAUAUUAAAGGAAGAAGAGGAGAAACAUGACUUUUUGGUCAUGUGACUAUUAUUAUAAAAAAAUUGCUAAAUAUUAAUUUAGAAUAUUAUAAUACUUUUUGUUGUUACUAGCAUUUUGUAAAUAUCAUUCACUAUAUAUAAUAUUUUGAAAUUGAAUUUUAAUUAUAAAAAAUAGGAUUUAGUAUAAUAGAAUUUAUUGAAUUCUCCAAAGCUAUUAACUUGGUAAUUUGAAUUUAAAAGGUGAUAUACAAGAUAGCAAAUUAUAUAAAUAUAGGCGUGGCAUAUCAGUUAUCAAUUAUUAAUUAAUAUUUGUAAUCAAUAUAAAUAUUUGAUCUUUUUUCUCACCUAUUUCCAUCCAUGUGUGAUUUCUUAGUUUUGUCUAUAGUUUUUAUUAUAGUAUAUUACUAAUAUUGAACUAAAAUGUAUAAUAUUUUUUCAAAUCAAUUUGAAAAAGAAAAAAGAGAUUUAAGCAUUAUUUUUAUAUUAUAAUAAAACUAAUAAAAGAACAUUGCUUUUGUUAAGUGAUAAAUAUACUGGUGAAUAUUCUAACAUCUACCAUAUAUAACUUUUGGCUUUAACUAGAUAAUAAUUUUAUUUUUUAGUAGUGGUAUUUUUGAACAUGAAAAAAUGUAUAAUGUAAUAUGAGAAAUAUAUUCAUUGUUUAAGAAUUGAUCAAAUUUCAGAAAAUAGAGAAACAGUUCAGAGCACACAUAGGUGGAGAUUUAGGAGAGAUUUUGUGGCAAUAUUUGUACACUUUAUGUGAUUAAAAAAAUAAAAUUGUAUGUAGAGUUGAUAGUAUAAAUUAUCAAUAAAAAUUAUAAAUAUUAGUGGAGGAAUGGUAAAUUACCAAUCUGUCUUUCACUAAAUAAUGAAUUAAACUUCUAGUAUUAUAUUAUAUGAAGUUACUUUAUCUUCUAUUUACUGAAGAUGUAUGUAUAAUGUAUUUGUAAUAUUAUUAUAUAAAUGCUGAUUUUUAUUAAAAUUUCAAUUCAUAAGAAUUAAAUUACACUGUCAAGUAUAAUUUUUAAUAAUUUGAUGUUAUCAAUAAUGUAGUUAAACUUUUUACAUUGUUUGAUAUUAUGUUGUUUGUAUUUUUCUUAAUAUGAAACAUUAUGCAUAAAUAUAAUAUAAGACUAACAAAUUGCAAAACGUUAUUAUUGAUUUUAGUAGAUUUUGCACAAUAUCAAAAAUUAAAUUUUAAUAAUUUUAAUCAAAUUAUUCUAUAUCAAAUGAUUAUGUAUUAUAUAAUACAAUGUCUUUAAUUAUUAAAAGAUAAGAGAAACUUGUUGAAGUUCAUUGGAUUAAUAAUUUAACUGUAACUUUAAAAUGAAGACCAAUGAAGAUAAUUUUGUGCACGGCAAUGAAAUUUGUAUAUUAUCAUUUAAUCUGAAAUUUAAUCUGGAAUUUAAAGCUACAUUAUUUGAAAAUAUUUUUUAAUCUCAUUAUUUCAAUUUUUUAAAAUGUAUUACACAAUUUUAAUAUUACAUUAAACAAUAUAACAUUACAUAAUUUAAAGUUGUUAUUUUGAUAAAUAUUUUAUAUACCAAAUUUAUUUUUAAUUUUUAAAAUUAAAAUCAAUUAAGAUAAAAUUCUCUGAUAUAUAAUAAUGACAUAGAAUGUUGAUAUAAAAAUUACUUGACAUUGAAUAAUUAGAUGUCAAAAUUUUUAUAUUGAUACAGAAUUUUACUUUCAUUUAUUUUACUCUCUUUUACAAAGCAAUAUCUUUGUCAAUAUCUUGUAUAUAUAUAUUUGUAUAUUGUAAAUAUUCUUAUAAAGAUUUCAUUGAUAUUUAUUUCUAUGUUUUGAAGAUAUUUUCUGUUUUCAAUAUCAUUGAACAUACAAGUUUUCCAAUGUUGCGUCAUUCUUUAUUGUAAAAAAAUUUACUGUAUUUGAAUUCCACUUCAUUUUUUACUUUUUCUAUUUUUGAAACGCAUCAGCAUUAUAAAAAUAAAAAUCAUAAAAAAUUUUAAAAACAAUUCAAAUUAAAUUUUUGUAUUAUAUGAUAUUUCAUACAAUGUACAUUAAUGCAAUAACUUUUAAUAAAAUGUACGUUGUAGAUCAUAAGAUAAUUAUUUCAUUUCAUUGGCUCUAUAUUUUAAAAUAUGUUUAAAAAUAUGUUUAAAAAUACCGUAAAAAUACAUAAUGAUAUUUUCUAUCUUCCAUACUUGAUACAUUAAAUAGAAGUAAAAAUUGUUUUUAAAAAUAAUAUAAUAAAAGUUUAAGCAAUACUGAAGUAUUUUAUUAAUCACUAAUUGCAUUAAUGAAUGAUAAAAGAAUACAAAAUGUGCUCAUGUAAAACAUUCUUUUCUAAUGUAAAAUAGUCUAAUUAUCAAUAAUAUUCGAUAUUACAAUGACAAUUAUUAUUUUAUAUUUUAUAUAUAUAUAUAUAUAUAUAUAUAAAGUUUAUUUAUAAUUAAUAAAGUUUAAAGACUAAUAUCUUUAUAAGGAAAAUAUAGUAAAAUUAAACAUAAAAUGCAAGAUCUGUAAUUAGCCUUUAUUUGUAAUAAUAAUUUCCAUUUCCAUUUUUAUAUAAAUUAAUAUAUUUUUUAAAUCAUACAACUAGAGAGAAAGAUAUGUUUAUCACUUAAACAGUUCAAAUUGAUUAAACUUGAUAUAUUGAUUAGAUAAUAAAAAUAAACAAUGUUUAGUAAUUAUUCGUAUUUUGUAACCUUUCCACCUUUUUUAUUAUGAAUUAUUUAAAUGAAUAAAGUAGUAAAAAAGAAUUUUAGUAAAAAGGGAUAUAAAUUUUCAAAGAUACAACGAUCAAUAUAUUCAUCAACGUGUAAAUAUAUUUAAAUUGACAAUAAAACUACAUCAUAAAGCGUUAGAAUAACAAAGAAGUUUAAAUUUUAUUAAAAUACAUUUUAGUAAUUGCAAUACAACAAAAUGCUACAAUUAAUUUCAUAUUGAGCGCUUACUUUAUACAGUUAUAA